GGCAAGCAACUUAAGGGGUCAAAAGAAUAGUAUUAUCUUAGGUUACUAUUUCUUUACACUAACAGGGACUUUAUGCAUUAAUUCUUAGUAAUAAAGGAUUGGAUUAAAACAUAUGGGCAUAUGUUUUGAUUCCUUGCCUUGCUGAUGUGAUGUCGAGGUGACAAGGAAUGCCCUGUCGGUCUUUUCCUGUACGCAUGAUACAAAAAAGGUUCAAAAUGGUCGGAGUCAUAGCUUUUGUUGUUCUUCUUUUGUUUGGAUUUUACCAAGUGCUUCCAUUUGCUGACAGCAGCAGACCACCUAGACCAGCAGACCCAAUAGCACAAGCUAACCAAAUAACUCAAGCUAAUAACUUAGGAACACCCGUGAGUGCCAGUGAUACUCUGGAGGAGGAAAUCAAAAUGAUUGAGGCCAAAAUAAGGAACAUAGAACAAGGGAAGAAGUCUUACCCAGAGGUCAAGUUUCUAACCUACAAGGAUAGGAAAAGAAUAUUGAUUACAGGUGGGGCUGGCUUUGUUGGGUCCCAUCUGGUAGACAGGCUGAUGAUGCAGGGCCAUGAGGUGACAGUGGUGGACAACUUCUUCACAGGACGCAAGCGGAAUGUGGAGCACUGGAUUGGCCACGAGAACUUUGAGCUGCUCCAUCACGACAUUGUGAACCCAUUGUAUAUUGAAGUUGAUCAGAUCUAUCACUUAGCUUCUCCUGCGUCACCCCCCAACUACAUGUAUAAUCCAAUCAAAACUCUCAAGACAAACACUCUGGGAACCAUCAACAUGUUAGGUUUGGCGAAACGAGUCAGGGCUCGACUUUUGCUGGCUUCAACAUCUGAAGUGUAUGGAGAUCCUGAGCUCCAUCCACAGAAUGAGGAUUACUGGGGUCAUGUGAACCCCAUUGGACCCAGAGCAUGCUACGAUGAAGGCAAGCGAGUAGCAGAAACCAUGUGCUAUGCUUAUGAAAAACAAGAGAAUGUUGAAGUCAGAGUUGCAAGAAUCUUCAACACGUUCGGUCCCAGGAUGCACAUGAACGAUGGGAGAGUCGUCAGCAAUUUUAUACUUCAGGCUCUACAGAAUGAGUCAAUUACUGUUUAUGGUGAAGGGGAGCAGACUAGAUCGUUCCAGUAUGUCAGUGACCUGGUUGACGGACUGAUGGCGCUAAUGAACUCCAACUACUCGCAGCCAGUUAACCUUGGUAACCCUGAGGAGCAUACCAUCAUUGAGUUUGCAAGGAUCAUUCUCUCCCUUGUCGGUGGUGACAGCAAAAUCAUCAAAAAGACAGCAAUGGAGGACGACCCCCAGAGGAGAAAACCGGACAUUGGCAGAGCUAUGAAGUACCUGGGAUGGCAUCCAAAGGUUCCAUUGAUGGUUGGACUAAACAAGACAAUUGAAUAUUUCCAAAAUGAACUGAGAAGGUCACGGCACAGUGAGAGAAAUUUUCACAUGCCGGACAUGUUAGAGUUAUAAUCCUUUUUUUUUUUCUCCCCCCAGUCUCUUGUUGUUUCAAAUUUCAUUACAUUUGUUCACUGAAUGUAUUUAUAAUGUCAUAGGAUGAUUCCAUAUAUUUAAAAUGUCAUCAGAUUUUUCCUUCUUCGUGUAUGUUCUCAUGUGAUCACAAUGUGUGAUUUAUUCAAAUUUUUGUAUUUUGUAAAACACAAGUCAUAUUAAUAUUAUGGAAAUUUGCUUGUAUUCAUAAUUAGAUGCCAGAUUUCCUAUCAUUUGAAAAGCUUGGGAUUUUAAUGAAGUAUUUUUUUUUUAAAGAUUUUUUUUUUAUGUUCAUGUUUUGAUUGCAUAGUUUAAAAGUUGUGAAAGUUUGUGUUCAUAAUUUUUGAGCUUGUUCUGUGAUAUCAAAAGUUCUGAAUAGUACUUUACGUGUCAAGAUGUUAAUGAACUGGUUUGUGGACAAGAUAUUAAUGAGAAAUCAUCAUUUUUAAGGAAUAUUUUGAAACUCAUGUCAUGCUGCAAGUCGUGUAAGGGCUGCACAUGCUGCUAGUAACAGAGCUAAGCUUUCUCCUGCUUCUGUUCUGUAUGGGAGAGAACCAUGCAGAUGCUGUAUUACAUCCUUAUUCCAGCUGGCUUGUUUGAAGCUUAAGAGUCCAAGGUGGAGGACACUGGAGAAACUCCUCCUUCUCUGUACCUCCUCAGGCUUGCGGGUGUCCGCAGACCCUUGAGGAACAUUGUGUGGAUAGCGGCAUGUUUUUAGGGCUCUCUUCAAUCUCUGCCAAUGCGAUGGACUUGGUGGUUAGACACUCUAACAGGGAUUCUGUUUCGCUUCCCUAUUGGCUAAAGUGUCUCCUCGAAUGACUUUCCAUCCAGGGAUCGCAUUGAGACUGAGAAGCCUUGCCCGGGCACUGCUAGGAAUAAAACUGGGAUGUGUCUGGACGAUAACAGUGCAAAGCUUGAGAGAAAUUGUAUAUGUUACUUCAAGAGCAUUGAAUUUGAAACACAGAAGAUAAAGAUUAUCUCAGAGCGAUACAAGGCAUUAUACAAUUAGAGAAUCAACACAGUCCAUGCCCAGUAAUUUAAACUGUUAAGUUUAAUGUUGGCCUAAAGUUGAUUUAUUUAAUUAUUCCUUCAAUAUACAAUUUGGCUGCCAGGAUGUCUGCGUUUCAGCUCCUUGCACUUGAGUUGCCAAUAAGUUGACAAACUGUUUGAUAAUUUGGACUUGAAAAGUAUCCAAAAGAAAUGUGUAUUGUAUUUACUUAGAUAUAUAAAAAAAAACCUAUAAGGUCUCUAAUUGUCCAUACUUUUUUUUUUAACCAAUGUAUAUAAUAUAUGUCGUUAUAGAAAAUAUUGUAUUGAAUUCAUAUAUUAUUUAUAGUAUGUAUCUCAAUUUGACUAACAUUUGUAUGAAUGUUUAUUAUUUGUUUUCUUUGCUCAGCAAAUAAAAUGCACCUCCAUUA